AUGCCUAAGUCAAAGGCUGUUAUGACCGGCCCCAGUGAUGUGGAGAUGAAUGCCAAUUCAUCAUCUGGGGCCAAAAAAGCAACGAACAGAACUGUUUCAAGCGUGAUCACAUGCUCUAGAACCAGUAACAUGAAAAAGAAAGCAGUUACAGCCGUUAACAAUAAUGAAGGGUCAUAUGCAAACUGUAAUACUGAGCCAAACGUGAUUAGUAAUGUUGAAAUUGAAGAUCAUACGAGUGGAGGAUUCAAACAGGCAAGCUCAAUGAUAUCACUUACAAGUGAACUUGCAAAUGACUUUGAUGGCCUUGAAGCUUCUUCGUUCAUCGACGAACCACCAGAAUUAGCAACUGCGACCGAUGAACCACCAGGAUCAGCAACCACGACCGAAACAUCACCACGAACACGGAAUGUGUUGGGUGAUGUGGAAUUGCAAAAUUAUGAAAAUAUACAAAGUAGUGAAGGAAGUCAAAAGGAAUUUAUUGAAAGAUUUCUUGGUGGAAAUACUUUCAAUAAUUGUGUUUUUAAUUUUUAA